AUGGUUCCGAUUGAUGACGCGGAGAUACUGAGAACCAAACCAGAAUCGGCUGUUUUGUGCUCCGAUGAUGGCAAAACUGUUGCCGACACUCCCAGUUUUAUCGACGGAUUCUCUUUACUUGUUCGGAUAUGCACCGGAGUCCGAAUCUCAGAUCAACCUGUUGAGGUAAUAAAAGUGUGUGCUUUGAAUUUGAUCUCGCAACAGAGACAUGUGUAUGUUAAGAAGGAACUGGUUGACGCAAGAAAGGUGAAAGUUGAAGACGGAGUCUUUCCGGUGGAGAAAGAUUGGUUCUUGGUUGGGAGAUCGCUUGUCACAGCUACUUCCACUAGUAAAGGAAGGAAAUUGGAAGAUAAUGAGGUUGUGGAUUUCAAAUUUCCCACUACUAUCAAUUGUAAAGUCCCCGGCAUUAUUCGUUUCUCUACUAAACGAUGCGGAGAGAUUGGUAGGCUUCCGAUGGAUUGGUCGAAUUGGGCAGUGUUUCUUUUGAGAUCUGGUAAGGUCAAAAUGCUAGGCAGGUGUGUUGCGGCACCAAAGUUUCUUCAGAUGAUGCAAGAUAUUAUGCUUUACGUUAGCUCAAUAUUCAUUGAUGUUAGCAAAUCCACUUGGCAUAUUGGUUGUUUUCCAAAUAUUGAUUCCACUCUUCAUCCUCUUCUCCAACUGUUCAAACACUUGACAAUCAAACCUUAUCAAAAGGCAUGCGGAGUUCUCUCCUCAAGAACUCGACUCUCACAAACGGUCGCUGAAUUUGGGGAUGACAUUGACGAAAGAGCAGCGUUGCUGGCUGUAGCGAAAAGAAGGAAAGGCUGUGAACAUUAUAUAGAGCAGAGCAAAGAUGAAGAGAAUCGUGUUGUUGACGCUGCAGAUUCAUAUAACCUGGAGAUGUCUGAAUCUGAAAAAGGAAUUGAUGUUGACAAGGCAGCUGAAACUCUAGAUCCUUGCUGGGAGGUUUACCGAAUCUGUGACGAAUAUUGGCAGAUGCACUGGACAUGGAAAAACUGUGACGACAUACUUGCAAGACCAGGCCGUGGUAACCCGGAAAAUGAAGAAGACUUUGCGCCGGCGGCAGAUGUUACUGCGGAUAAACCUAAGAGGAAGGAGAGCCAUCAUAGAGCACCAACGAUUAUGAAGGCAAAAGGAGGAACCCUUAUUGUUUGUCCCAUGACAUUGUUAAGCCAAUGGAAGAUGAUUUGA